AAAUAAUUCAAAUUAAACCGCAUAUACCAAAUCGAGCUCAUCGUUUAUCACGCCCAUCAGUAGUUCAUCGUCCAAGCUUGUAUAUGGCUGGUAAAUCCAAGAACCCCAAGAUCUCACUACCGGAAAUUCCGUGGAGCGAGGAUGACCAUUCACGAGUGUGGAAACUCAUCGCGGAACUCAGUCAAAAAGCUAAUUACAAGGUGUUGUUUGGAAAGAAAGACCAACACGAGAAUACCUCUGGCGAAACGAAGGCCAGUGUCUACAAGCGGAUCGGCGCUGUCGUUUUGCCAGAAUUCCACGAGAUCGAUCCCACGGCGACCGGAGACCGUGUAAAAGGCAAACUUGAGUCCCUUACGAAAACAUAUAAAAAACAUGCUGCGAAGCUUCGGAAUCCAGGUCUGCGCAGACUCUAAGUCUGCGUCUGUGACAAAGUCUGGGUGCACGCUCGGCAAGUCUUGGUGCCG